AUGGCCACAGCGUCUGUUCCAUCGAAGGCUGAACUGGGACCAGCUAGGCGUUCUACUGCUCAAAAGAAAGAUAGAAGAAGAUCAAGUGAUACGUUUGGUCUUCUGGGUAGUCUUGGACGAGGUGUGCCACUUUUUCGUGGAAAAAGUGGUUUGGAUCAGGAUUUUUCGGCUCCUGAUGUAAAUAGUGGCUUAAAGCAUGGAUACGAAAAAAAGACGGAAGGUUUGAGGAAAUUUGAGCUACGAGAACAAAAAACAGUUCCCAUUAUAAGCGAGCCUUUGUCAUUGAGUCAUGCUAAGAAGAAGAAAAAAGAGAGGCAGCAGAAGGCUUUGGAAGAGUUUAACCGGCUGUAUGGUGUUGAUUAUGAGAAUGCAAAACUCGUAAUAAGCUGUGCGCGUAGCGAAUUUAACCACUAUGAGGGAAUGAGAUAUCCUGCCGGGGAAAUCCCUCUUGUCAGCCAGUAUUGGUCAAAAUCGAAAUAUGUGAAUGACUGGUUCACCAUCAAGCCGUUAAAGGCAAUUAUUUGUUAUCGGCUUUGUUAUGGUUUUCGAAAUAGUUUAUGUUUUUUGCAUAGUACUUCGUUUGAUCUUGGAAGUGACUGGAUCUGGGAACAGUUUUUUGAGAAGUUGGAUAGCAAAGUGAUCGAGAAUGCUAUCAAAGAUGGCUAUUUAAAGCCAACAGCUAUCCAGGUACGAACUUGCCUAGCAUUCGCAAGUGCUAAACAUCUUUUCGUUGCUGCAGAAACUGGUUCCGGAAAAACAGCAGCAUAUGCUAUUCCGCUUCUUUCUCAGUUGUUACGGGACCUUAAUGAUGGAUUCAAUUCCAAGGCUUUGGUUCUGGUCCCGACUUUGGAGUUAAUGGAUCAAACAAUAUUGACUUUUGAAAAAUUAUGCGAAGGUACUGUUGUAAAAGUCUACAAAAGGAACAAAACUGAUGGUUUUUCUGGUGCCACGCUGAACUCUGUUCCCACAAGGAAGUGGGAUGUAUUGGUGUGUACUCCUGGAUUGAGUUGUAAAGUUUUAUCGCAGUUUGACACGAGUUCAGUCAAGACGGUUGUGGUUGAUGAAGCAGAUAUGCUCCUAGAUGAUAGUUUUGUUAGUAUCUUAUCGGAUAUUUUUAGCUUGGUGAAAUUGCGCAACUCUGAGACAAAUCGAGAUACUCCUGGCGGAGCAAGAAUAAUUUUUUGUUCUGCAAGUUGCCCAGAAACUCUUCAAGAUAUAGUGGAUAGUGUAGUGGACAGAGAAAGCUUGCACUACGUUAGAUCUCCUCGGAUUCAUACUCUUUUGAGCCAUGUAAAACAGAAGUUCAUUAGAGUACGAGAAAUGGAGAAGAUGGAAAAGUUAGCAGAAAUUCUUGAGAGACCAGGGACAAAAGGGCAAAGUCUUGUUUUCUGCAAAGACAAACUAACGAGGAACUAUGUGUCAAGAACAUUGACGAGUCGAGGUUUUCAGAAUACAAUACUUGGGGAGCACAACAGAAAAGAAGUUUUUCUUCAAUUAGCUGAGAGUACUUAUGGAGUGAUCGUUGCGACUGAUCUCGCUAGCCGGGGACUGGACUUUCCAUAUUUAUCUCAUGUAAUUAACUACGACUUCCCACUUCAAAUGACGGAUUAUAUUCAUCGCGUAGGAAGAGUGGGUCGCGUUUCAAGUAAAUACAGUGGCCGUGUAACUUCAUUUGUUCGUUCUUCUCCUGAGGUCACUUUGGUAAAUGCGAUUGAGUUGGCUGCGCGUUAUGAUAAACCAAUAAGUGGUUUAGAGGCGGAUCAUAACAGUGUGGUAGAGGAAAGGAGCGGCUAA